UAAAGAUUGUUCAGAAGUAUAUUUAAGCCCACGUUCAGAAUCUCAUGAGUCGCCUGAACAAAAAGAUAUGUCGAUCGAAUUAGAUCCUUUCUCUUCACUAAUGAACAAACUGAAAGUUUGUGCUGAAAGUGACAAAAUUAUUUGGGAAGUCUACCAUGAAAAUAUUGAAAGGAACCUGUUUGUAAUUGGUUUUGUAUCUUCUUCAUUGUUAGUAGUAAUUUAUUUAAAGGAUAACUUUGAUGCUUUAGGUGACGAGCUUAUUAAAGAAAUUAAAAUAUAUUCUCGCCUGGCAGACGAUGCUGACGCAUUAAUAAGCUUAGUUCAUCGAAUAAUCAUGGAAAAAUUAGAUGCUCAAGUAUUGGCGGAUUUAUGCAAAAAUUGCGGGGAUAUUUUUUCAAUACUAGAUAAUAUUUCAAAAGAAGUAAAACUAGCUAUGGAUUUUAUGUUCGAUGUGGAACGUAUAAGAGACAUAAAUUUGAUGGAAAUAACUCGUGACAGCGUAUCUUUCAUAGCAUUUGCCAAAAGGAAAGACAUUAUAUUGAGGGUCACAGUAGACAUUAAACCAUUUCACAAAAUUGAAUCCAAAGAUAUUUCUGUACAUUGUAGAUUAGGGUCUGUAAGAGAGGAGGAUGUUAAACUGUUAAUAACGAAUAUAAAACGAGACUAUAAAUUUUUAAGGAGAUACAUAAGUGACGUGAAAGAUUACAUAUACUUGAUGGAAGAAUCUGUUAAUAUAAUUUUAAAAAACACCGUUCUCAAUGUACUCUACUAA